UGGCAACAACGUCGCAACGAAUCAGGUUCAGAAUAAUUUUCUUUCCUUUUUUUUUAGAUUCCCCAUGCAAAAUUGGAAAGCCCUAGAGAGAGCACCAACCAAUCUUCGGAUUUAAGUAACGGAAGAACCUGAAGGAUUUGAAAAUUGAAUUGAUUCAAAUGAUGGUGGAAGAAGCGAAAUUGGAUUCGAAAUUGAAACCGAUGGUAAAUGAGAGCUUGAGAUUCGGAGAAAGAGCUUUAUCAGCCGGCGGCGCCGCUUUUAUAUCGGCGGUCAUAGUCAAUCCUCUCGAUGUCGUCAAGACGAGAUUACAAGCUCAGGCUGCAGGUGUUCCGUACCAAGGCUCAUGUCGUCUUGGUUGUUUCGAACCCAAUUCCACGGUGGCACAUGAUGUAAUAAGAGGUAGUAGUAGUAGUUCUCCAGGGGUGUGUCGUAUUACUGGCUCUCCAACUGUAUGCUCAGAUCAUCAGUACAAAGGAACACUUGAUGUGUUCAUCAAAAUCAUCCGACAGGAAGGGUUUUCUAGGCUUUGGAGAGGCACUUACGCUAGUUUAGCCUUGGCUGUUCCAACCGUUGGGAUCUACAUGCCUUGUUAUGAUUAUUUCCGGAAUAUAAUGGAGGAUUUCACGGCAGAGAAGUCUCCAGCUUUCACACCUUAUGUCCCACUUGUUGCCGGGACUAUAGCUCGCUCCUUGGCUUGUAUCUCUAUUUACCCUGUUGAGUUGGCAAGGACGCGGAUGCAGGCAUUUAAGGGAACACAAAGGGGUGCGAAACUUCCUGGCGUUUGGAAGACGUUAGUUGACGCCGUCAAUCCAGUCAAGGGCUCUUCAAGUAAUGGACAAAAUUACAGGAUGUUGUGGACUGGUCUUGGUGCUCAACUUGCUAGGGACGUUCCCUUCUCUGCAAUCUGCUGGUCGAUACUUGAGCCCACACGGAGAAGCAUUCUCUCUUUCAUGGGUGAAGAACCAAGGGCGGGGAGUAUAAUAGGUGCAAACUUCACUGCUGGUUUUGUUGCUGGUGCGGUUGCUGGUGCUGCUACUUGCCCACUUGAUGUUGCAAAGACUCGGCGUCAAAUAGAGAAGAAUAUAGAUAGAGCUAUGAAAAUGACCACAAGACAAACCUUGGCUGAGAUUUGGAGGGAUGGAGGAAUGAGAGGGAUGUUUAGUGGAGCAGGGGCUAGAGUUGGACGGGCAGGACCAUCUGUAGCCAUUGUGGUUUCCUUUUACGAAGUGGUCAAGUAUGGACUCCAUCACUUCCACCAACAGUAACACUAUUUUGUUACUUAGAAAGAUUACGUUUGGAUGGCACAAGUCUUUGCCAUCUACAUUCAAUAAGAAGUGUUCUUACUACACGGCAAAAAAAAAAAAAUCCUUGAAAUUUUUGUCUUUUUUCUAAAGUUGAAUAUUAUUUAAUUGUUUUACGACACGAGAUUCUUGUCGGGAGGAAUACAAUAACUCAAUGGUCAAGGAGGGAGGGGUAUGCAACAUGUGAAAUGUCAUAAAUAAUUGGGGAGCGAUAUUCUAUACGAUUCUGGACUAUUAUUAUUUGACAUAAAACUUUAUUGCCAAUGGCAGUUAGAAGUAUGCUAAUCUUUUGGUUUUGUUAA